AUGUCUGAAGACGCCGCCCCAGCUGCAGCGCCUCCCUCGAUACCCCGCUAUUUCCGCAACGACGCUCCGCUGGCACGACGCGAUGCUCACAAGCAAUUACUAGCGUCUCUGGACCGGUUGAUCACCGACUAUCCCCCGCAUCACAUCCCCCCCGGAGGAGGCCUAUACUACGGGCCCAUCUCGGUCGCCUAUCUCUUCUAUGCCUUGCACGACAUGUACCCGGACCUCAAGCUGGACGGCUACCCAUUGAACACAUGGUCGGCUGCCUACAUCGAGCAGGCCCAAGCACACAUGAAGCAAUUCCCGCCGCCCUCGACCAAGAAAUGCGGCGUCUCAAACGACAUCAUGUCGCUGCUGGCCCUGUACGCCAUCACGGCAAAAGACCCGGACACAGUCAAGGAGCUCUGCGACCAUGCCGCCGUCAUGCUCGAAGACGGCACCUCGAACGAGUGGCUCUACGGCCGUACCGGCUAUCUGUACCUUCUCCGGCUUGUGCGCAAGACCUUCGCCAACAACAAGGACAUUACCGAGCUGAUCGAGGACACUGCAGACGAGAUUAUCGAGAACAUCAUGGACAGCCCCCGCCCUUGGAAAUGGCAUGGAAAAGCAUAUGUGGGCGCCGUCCACGGAGCCAUUGGCAUUAUCACGCAAAUAGUCCUCACAGAUCCUUCAUGGGCGCCCAAGCUGGAGGCCGAGCUAGGCGCCCUGCUGAGCUAUCAGUACGACAGUGGCAACUUUCCAUCGUCUCUGCCACCAGGUCGCGAUAAACUGGUACAAGUCUGCCACGGCGCGCCCGGCGUUGUCAUCUCGCUGCUCUCCAUUCAGAAAUACUUCCCUGGACUCCAUGACCGGAUUGACAGGGUCGUUGCAAAGGCCAGAGAUUGCAUCUGGGAACGAGGGCUCCUGACGAAAGAACCGUGUCUAUGUCACGGAAUCACUGGCAACGCUCUUGCCUUGGACGGCAAGCAAUUCGAACAUUUCAUGACGUACACCACUGGCCACGAAAUCAAGUCCAUGGCAAAGGACGGCAUGCUGGAGAAAUCAGACGACCCAUCCGCCCUGUGGUGCGGGGAAGCUGGCCGCGCAUGGGCUUGGGCAGUCGCGGAUAUGGGGCUGGAUAAGCGCCUCCUCGGUUACAACGACAUUUGA